AUGAACAGUGCCAAAGAAAUGCCAUUCUGUUUUCGUUGGUUGCUAAUUCAUUUUAAAAGAGAAUUUUCCUACAAUGAUACUAUGAUAUUAUGGGAGGUAAUUUGGACAGAUUAUCGUACAAAAAAUUUCCAUAUAUUUUUCGCUGCUGCUGUGCUAUUAAUGCAAAGAGAUAAUAUAAUGAACAGGAAAUAUGAUGCAAAUAGUAUAUUAAAGCAUGUGAAUGAAUUAUCAAUGAAAAUUCCACUAGAAGCAUCCCUUAAUUAUGCUACAGCUUUACUGUCUCAGUUAGAACAAAUUUCCGAUUCUCUACCGAAAUCCGUACGGAAUAUUAUCCAUGGACAGUCGUUGGCGAUGUCUAGACAUGUCAGUGAAUCAAAACAGAAAGGAAUCAAUUGUCCAGAUCCACCAUGUAUAUACGACUAUUCGCCGACACUAUUAAAUGAAGAAUUAGAGGUGCUGAUGGACAAUGAAAUGUAUGAUCCUAAUAAAGAUGUGACUAAUCAGUCUAUUCUAAUGAUUCCUUCUGAUACUAAUCGACAGUUUUUCAGUGAUUUUAAUGAAUUAACUAACUUGAUUAUUAUGCGAAACCAAGUGCAUUAUAUUAUUGGAUAA